AUGCAUGCCAACUCGUUAAAUGACUUUUUGCUUGCAAGAGAACUUGGUCUUAUUCGACCAAAAAAUCUUCAACUUUGGGAAAAAACUAGACGAACUUAUUCUAUUGCUUCAUGCACGAACAAGGCAUUUGCACAAGAGCAUUAUGCUCCUAUCAACACCUUGGAUAUCGAUUAUGUCGAAGGAAGAUAUUUACUUUCUGGUGGUGCAGAUUCUGAAAUACGCUUAUAUGAUCUUGAGAAUAAUCCAAACACCAAUUCUAUUAGAUCGACAGCGGGCCAUGAUUACUCUGUUACAUGUAUAAAAUGGGAUCCAAGUAACUGUGAAUACUUUAUCAGUUCCUCGAUGGACCAAACAAUCAAAAUGUGGAACAUAGGAGCAAUGGAAGAGAAAUCAAUAAAGAGCGUGCUUACGUUUAAUUUCGAUGAUCAUGUUUACUCUCUUGCAAUAUCUACAAUUGCUAAUCAUGGACUAAUAGCAGCUGCGUUGGCGCAUCCAAAUAUACGAUUAUGUGAUAUCCGCGCGCGUUUGGCACUUCAGUCAUUGAAAGGUCAUAAAAAUACGGUUUUUCGUGUUGAAUGGUCACCAAUAUUCGAAUAUAUGCUAGUUUCAGCAUGUGCCGAUGGCACUGUUAGAAUAUGGGAUAUCCGAAGAGCAGACCAAUCUUUAAUUUCGUUAGAUUAUUUAAAUAAAGGUGAACCAUCCUCUUUAACAAACAAAGCACAUAAUGGUGGCGCAAAUGGACUAUGUUUCACUUCAGACGGAACGCGGAUACUUUCCAGCGGACAUGAUCAAACUAUACGCUUAUGGGAUGUACACACAGGGAGGAACGCUAUGGUGGAUUACCCAAGUAUUCCAAAUACAACAAGUCUUUCUUUGCCAUUAGCAGUGACACCCUCAACCGACUGUUCUCCUCCAUUAAUAUUUCAUCCAACAAGUCGCUCACAAAUUUUUGUGCUGGAUUUAUACAAAGGAAUAUUAAUCAGACAGUUGCAAGGUUCUAUGACAAGAGUCAAUUGUGUUGUGUGGAGAUCAAAUAAACAUGCAAGUAAAAUUGAGCCCGUUUACCUCUUUUAA